AUGGAUGGGCUUCUCAUCAACUCGGAAGAUAUAAUCACCCAGUCCACGAACCAGCUUCUAGAAAAGUACUCAAGGCCUACACUGACUCGGUCGGUUCGGGCCCAGCUCAUGGGCAUUCCAGAUUCGACGAAUGGUGACUUAUUCCACAACUGGGCAAAGCUACCCAUCUCUCGCGAGCAAUUCGCUCGUGAAUCGAGGGAACAGAUGCACAUGCUGUUUCCAAGCUGUGAGCCGCUACCUGGUGCGGAGAAGCUUCUGUCGAAGCUCAGUCGUGCGCGCAGUGCUUCUUCAGGUGACAGGAUUGAGCUGGCCUUGGCGUCCAGCACAAAGAGCCAUAGUUAUGCGUUGAAAAUGUCAAGGCCGGGAACAAAACGGCUGCUUGACUCCUUCCAGCCCAAUAAACGAAUUUUGGGCGACGAUCCAAGAGUGCCAAAGGGUCGAGGGAAACCAGCUCCCGACAUGUAUUUAAUUGCCCUACAGUCACUAAACUCGACAACGACUGGCCCUGACAAGAAGCCAAUUUUGCCCAGAGAAUGUUUGGUCUUUGAAGAUAGCGUCAUUGGUGUAGAAGCUGGGAGGCGGGCUGGAAUGAGAGUUGUUUGGGUGCCGCAUCCAGAUUUGGCCGUCGAAUAUCAUGAAAGUCAAAAGGUUGUAUUGGCUGGGAGAACGGGAUUGGUUGAGAUUGGAGACGGUUGGCAAUUAGGGGAGGUCGAUGAUGGUUGGGCCGAAUGUAUAUCGAGCCUCGAACAGUUCGAUCACACCAAGUACGGCAUUGUUGUGCCAGUCUAGCUACUUCUCUCGGGAGACGAAGUCUUUCAACUGGGGUAUGAAACGUUUUAUGAGAUAAAGCGAAUGCAGACAGCCAUAUCCAUUACAA